AUGGACGACAUCCUCGCCGGUCUCUUGUCGCCGACAACCCUCGUGCUGCCAGCAGGCGCACAGCGCAUAGACAACGCUCCCCGCAUCUACACGAUCGACAACACCAACCACGUCCUCAAAGCUGGAUCGUCCGUCAAGCUCAGCGAGGCCGAGGCCAUGCGUUUCGUCUCUCGCACGACGAAUAUCCCCGUCCCCCAAGUGCACGAGUCGUACAUCCUGACGGACCAUGGUUAUAUCUACAUGGACCACGUGCAUGGCAGGCCGUUAUCCCAGAUAUGGGCGCACCUCUCACCAGAUCAGAGAGGUUCAUUGGUCAGCCAGCUACGGGAAAUCUUCAAGGAGUUGAGCUCACUUCGCGGGGACUUCUUUGGUGCUCUUUGGAACCAACCCAGCCUGGAUGUCUUCUUCAUCCAUCUUCCGUUCCUGGACGUGAAGUUAUCAUAUGGGCCGUUCAAAACUCGCUUGGAGUACAACCGGGGACUCGUUGAUGCGCUACGAAAUGCUCGCCCCGGCAAUUUUCUUGAUGACCUCGAUCAAGAUCUGGUCGAGCAGCUUCAUCGACUCACCGACGACACCAAAGUCUUCUCACACGGCGACCUGCAUCCCGGUAACAUUCUUGUGGACGAGCAGACCCAUCGCAUCACAGGAAUCAUCGAUUGGGAGGGCGCCGGCUUCAGCGUUCGCGGCAGAGAAUACUUUGAAGCCAAGUCUCGGGCCCGCAACCUAGAAUGGAGUGCAGCACUUGACGAGAUCUUCGAUGAGGAAGAACGGAAACCAUUCGAGCUUUUUCAACAGCUCAACCAAGCUCUCACGCGCUACACUUGUGUUUGA